CAGACACCAGAGAGGAGCCCUGCCCAAUCCUUUACCCCAAAGGGGGUGUGCUCAGCCCGAGGAGGAAGAAGAGGGUUGCCAGCUAAGUCAGCACCAAGGGCGCCCGCUCUCAUUCAUGUGUCAAUGAAGAAUUCCUGCCAGACUUCCAGUACUGUCCUCGACCAUGGGCAGAAUCCCAGCUGCCCCUCCCGGAACACUCCAUGCCACUGGAACUCAGGAGCGCAGGAGCUCAUGAAAGACUUCUUAGAGAAGAGAGACAAGGGGAAACUUCUCAUACAGAGAAGCAGAAGACUAAAACAGAGUCUCUUGAGACCGAUGCAACUUUCCAUAACUGAAGAUGGUUAUAUUCAUUACGGUGACAAAGUGAUGCUUGUGAAUCCUGAUGAUCCUGACACAGAAGCUGAUGUGUUUCUGGGUGGGGACCUGAGCCUGUGUAUGACUCCAGAUGAAAUUCAGUCCCAUCUGAAAGAUGAAUUAGAGGUACCCUGUGGCCUGAGCGCAGUUCAAGCCAAGAUCCCAAUUGGCAGAAACACUUUUAUCAUUUUGAGUGUACACAGAGAUGCCACUGGUCAAGUCCUUAGAUAUGGGCAGGACUUUUGCCUGGGGAUAACAGGAGGAUUUGACAACAAAAUGUUGUAUUUAUCAAGUGACCACAAGACCCUCCUGAAAUCUUCUAAGAGGUCUUGGCUCCAGGAAGUGUACCUAACAGAUGAGGUCUCCCAUAUGAACUGCUGGCAGGCUGCCUUCCCUGACCCCCAGUUACGCCUGGAAUAUGAAGGCUUCCCUGUCCCGGCAAAUGCUAAAAUUCUCAUCAAUCACUGUCACACAAAUCGGGGACUGGCAGCCCACCGGCAUCUUUUCGUAAGCACCUAUUUUGGAAAGGAGGCUGAGGUUGUAGCUCACACAUACCUGGAUUCACACAGAGUUGAAAAACCAAGGAACCAUUGGAUGUUGGUUACUGGGAAUCCCAGGGAUGCCUCGUCCUCCAUGUUGGAUCUGCCCAAACCACCCGCAGAGGACACUCGAGCCAUGGAGCAGGCCAUGGGCCUUGACACGCAGUAACACGCCAGACACGUGCAUGUUUUCCCUGGUCCCACUCUCACCGAAUGUAGCUUUAAAAGAAAUUAACAACCUUGGUCAUGCCUCAAGCUAUUUUUGAAUCAGAUGUGGAACUCUCUGGGCGCUAUAUUAAACUAAAGAUUACAUUAAGAUUAUUGAAUUUGUGGUGGGAGUCUAGGGCUGAAGAAAAACAGCUCUAGAGAAUAAAUAGUAUUUGAAAGUGACAAACAAUAGCCCUUUGUUGAUAAACAAAUUCUGAAGAACUCAGCUUCCUCUACUUAUAUCCUUCAUUGUCUACAAGGACAAUGCGUUACUUUUUAAAGUUAUGUCUAUGUAAUAAAGCUGUUGGAACUAUACUGAAUUUUUGGUACCACAGUUUCCCUCUUGAAUGUACUAAAACACAAAAAACUGACAGCUCUGAGCUGUGGCCUUACCUUGGAAUUAAACAUUUCCGCCUUUGUAAAACAUCCUAUUUUUGUUUCUACCUUUGGCUUUCGAGGUCAGGACCUCUACCUGAUCAGUAACCUAUUAUUUUGUAAUGAUUUUUAAGCUGCAGAAUC